AUGAACAAACUGGUGAAGGAGAAGAUGCCCAAGAAAGGCAGCAGGUGGUGGUUCUCCUGGAGGAGGAAAGAAUUUCCAGCAGAAGAGCAGCAGUCAAGGCCAGGGAAAGCCAACAUGGGGACACUGCAGCCUGACUCUGCUCUGCAGAGGCAGGAGGAAGAAGGGUCAUCCAGUGAUGAUGAGUCCCUGCACCCCAGGGACAUGUUAACAAUGGAUGCCUCUGCACAGAAAUCUCUGCCAACCUACAAGAAAUCCCUGUGGCUCUCCUCCGAACAAAUUGGAAGGCUGAAUCUGCAGGAUGGCCCCAAUGAGGUGGCAUUCAGUGUGACUACUCAGUACCAGGGCACGUGCCACUGUGAGGCCACCAUCUACCUGUGGAACUGGGAUGACAAGGUGGUGAUCUCAGACAUCGAUGGCACCAUCACCAAGUCCGAUGCUCUUGGGCACAUCUUGCCACAUCUGGGAAAAGAUUGGACUCAUCAUGGGAUUGUGAAGCUCUUCCACAAAAUCCACCUGAACGGCUACAAGUUCCUCUACUGCUCAGCCAGAGCGAUCGGUAAGGCACACAUCACCAAAGGCUACCUCAAAUGGGUCAAUGAGCAAGGCUGUGCCCUCCCCAAGGGCCCCAUCCUGCUUGCCCCCAGCAGCCUCUUCUCUGCCUUACACAGGGAGGUGAUUGAGAAGAAGCCAGAGGUGUUCAAGAUUGCAUGCUUGAUGGACAUCCAAAAACUGUUUGCCAUGAAGCUGCCCUUCUAUGCAGCCUUUGGGAACAGAGCCAAUGUGAGUGGGAUGUCUGCUUACAAGCAAGUGGGCCUGCCGGAGAGCCGCAUAUUCACAGUCAACCCCAAAGGAGAGCUGAUCCAGGAGUUCACAAAAAACCACAAGUCAACGUAUGAGCGGCUGUCGGAGCUGGUGGAUCUGAUCUUCCCUCCCCCGAGACAAAGUGGGAGUGUUGCUCUGGUGUGUCCAGAGUACAGCCACUUUGCCUACUGGAGACCUCCACUGCCCGCUGUUGACUUGGAUGCCUUCUCCUGA